GUGUAGGGUAAUUAUGUUGAUGGCUCUUCAUUUGGCAAAAAGCAUAUAUAAGCAACCACUUUACCAUGCUGCAUCAACACAUAACCCAAACCUUUCUUAGAGGCAUCACUAGAAAUCAUAAAACUUCCAAGACCAUCUGGUACAUAUAGUAAGAACUGAUGCAGUAACAAGCUUCAGCUUAAGAUUCUGGAAACUGUCUUCACAAGUCUUGCUCAAACAAAAGGAACCCCCUUACUGGUCAAUUGAGUCAAGGGAGUGAUUACGCGAGAGAAGUCUUACAUGAAUCGUGUCGAUAGUAGCCUGCUAAUUAAACCUAGAAAGCUACAAACCUCAUUAAAUGUUGAAGGUCGAGGGCAACUGCUAACAAUUUCAAUCUUUGUUGGGUCCAUAGGAACUUCAUCUCUAGACACACCACAUGGCCAAGAAAGGUCAUCUACUUCAACUAAGACCCUUACUUAGAAAAUUGCAUACAACUUGUUCGAAUGAAGAGUCUCCAAAACCUCUGUAAGUGCUCCUCGUGUUCUGUCUCUAUCUUGAUGUAUAUCAAUAUAUCAUCAAUAAAAACUAUUACAAAAGUGUCAAGGAAGUCCUUAAACACUCUACUAUUAUUCAUCAAGUCCACAAAUGCUUAUAGGGCAUUCAAUUCGAAUGACAUCACAACAAACUUGUAAUGUCCAUACGUUGAAUGAAAUGGAGUUAUAGGGAUAUAACUAUCCCUAAUCCUCAAUUGGCGAUAUCUUGAUUGAAAAUCAAUUUUGAAAAAUAUUGUGGCUCCUUGUAAAUGAUCAAAACAGGUCAUCAAUUCUAGGUAGAGGAUACUCGUUCUUGAUAGUUACCUUAUCCAACUCUCUAUAAUUAAUGCUCAAAUGAUGCAUCAAACCAUCAUUCUUCUUGACAAAAAGUACUAGUGCACGCUAAGGAGAAACACAUAGUCGAAUAAAACCUUUGUCAAGUAGUUCAUGAAACUGCACCUUAAGUUCCUUCAACUAUAUUGGUGUUUGACAUAACCACACUAACUAAGAUAUACUAUGGUGUCUAGGCAACCUCAGCUUCCCUGGUGUCUAACACGUAACCACACUAGCCAAGAUAUACUCUAAGUAUCUUGGUUUAGCUUUCUGGCUUUCAUAGCCGAAAUCACUUUGCGCAAGACUACAGUCUCAACCCCUUUAUACUUAAAAACUAGCCUCUACAAGAGAAUUAAAAACUACCUCCUUAUGGGAACAAUUUAUACUAGCAUGACUAGUAAACCAACCAAUUCAUGCCUAAUAUUACAUAAAACAACGCAUGUCUAGAACUAACCGAGUUACAUCUAAAUAUGAUUUGUUAUUUCUAUAUGGCAUUCAUUCUUUUAUCUUUUCAUUUGACAUCAUAAUUUCUCCAAAUUGAGUAGACAUUGAUAAAACAUAACCUAGAGGCUUAACUUCCAAACAAGAAUGCUUUUUAAACACUGAUGAAAUAAAGGAAUGAAAAGAUCCAAAAUUAAAUAAUACUAAUGCAUAGUGUCUCAAGAUUUGGAGCAUACCUGUUACCACUAUGCUUGCUCUCUUGACCUCUUGUCGAUUAAUGGCAAAGACUCGUCAUUCCUAUCUAUUCCCAUUACAUUGGGAAGUACUUGCGCCCUAAUCACCAUAAAUCCACUAAGACAUCUGUCAGUUGUAUGGCCCUCUUGCUUGCACUUAAAGUCAGCUUUGGUCCCAAACAAACAACACCUCAAAUGGUACUUUCCACAAGUACUGCAAAAAGGCCUCUCUCUCAUAGCUCCAUCUGCCUUCGUAAACUCCUGUUGGUAGUGCUUAAGUGCGCCACCAAAUCUCAUAUUUCUCUAUGGGACCUGUGCAGGCUUUUGCUCAACCUCUUUUAUGGCACGAGGAAGGUCUUUUUCUUGGUGGCUUCACCUGAUCAUCAUCCACCUAGGCUUUCAUAUCCACUGCCAAACGCGAUGCUUUAGCUUGGAUGGUUGGCUUGGUGGCUUGAACGAAACCUCAUAUCAUCCCUCAAGCCUCUAAUGAACCUAUUUACUCUAAUAAGCUUUAUCUCAAAUAACUUAGGAGAAAAUUGGGACAACACACCAAACUUUCGAUGUUUAACAGUCACCUAGCCUUGCUUCGGGUUUAAGAACUCCUGACAUUUGCAUUUCUAAGACUAACAUAGAAGAACUUAGUGUAGAAGCUCUCCUUGAAUUGGUCCCACAUAAUCAGGUUAACAUUUCCACUCAGCAGACUACCACUAUAUGACACCUCUCUCAAAGCAUGAAUACUACACACAACACCUUUUGGUUGUCGGACAUCUCAUAUAGCGGAAGAUGGUCUCCAUAGAAGAUAACCACAACUUCGUAGAGGUACCCAUAAAGGUUUUAGGAUUAUAUUUUACGAAGCUCCUCAAAUGAUUUACCUUAGCAAAAAAUUGAUCUAGUAGAUCCUACUGUGCAACUUGUCCUUAAGUAGAGAUUACAUGGGUUUGUUGAUAUUGUGCCAAAGCAUCACUCACAAUAGUCUUGAACUUCUACUCUAGCCGAGUCGAUAGAUUAGAAAGAUCAGCAUGGGAGACGGGUGUGCUAGGGUCAGCAAGCCAUUUAGUAGGUUAAUUGCAUCCUACUUCUCUACCUCCUUAACCAUCCCUUCGAGCAGCUCUACAUGGCAACAUUUUCCUAAAAUCCACCACAAAUUGCUUUAGAUGCCAUACAUAAGAAACCGAUAAUAUUCUAGUUUAAAUAGGUAAGAUCGUGUACAUAACCAUAAAAUAUCUUAUCAUGAAAACAUACCUGGCAAGGACGAAGGAUUCGUAUUGUUCAUAGGGACAUAUAUCAUAAACUUACAUCACAAGUCAGUCUGUAGAACCUAAACUUAGGCUCUGAUACCAACUGUAUGUUGGAAUUAAUGUCCUAAGACUCGUAGUUUGUAAUCAUUUUAUUUUCAAUAAAGUCGUUAUUGAGAAAUUGAAUACUAUAUUCUUAAAUCCAAUAAACAUAGAUCCCAAGAUUAUUUUUGAGUAAACUUGAACUUUAUGUAAAGACGUAAACAUGAAUUAAGUUCGAGUCAAUAGUCUAAAUAGUCUAUAGUAUAUGAUUAAAGGUUAGGCAUUUUAUUCAGAGAUACUAUGGAUGCGACCUACUUUGUAAAUAAUACAAAUGAUGUAAUCCUGAAUCGUUCAUGUAGAGACAUGAAAGAGGGGACAUCAUAUGUAAAAGGUUUAUAUAAGACAAAACCAUGGAAUAGUCACUUUUACAUAAUAACGCCGUUUACUGUUUAAAACUGACUAUCUUGUUUUUUAAUGACCUAGGUAACUUAAUCUUAAACUUGAGCUAACUGUGAACUCCUAUUCACACGAGAUUAUCCUUAGAUCUGCAUAGGUGAAGGUAACUCAUUAGCGUUGACCGAAUAAGCCUCUCAUUUCAAGGAUAAGAUCGGGUGAAUAGUUGGGAACAUAGAGUGCAAGACGGAAUUCACUCCUACCGAUUUUAGGGUUAGUAGAUAAGUUGUUUCCUCAAGAACUGAAUCCAAGUCUUGAACAUAGGGGCCCCAACCUUUCAUUGGCUUGAGAGGGAUUCGUUUUAUAGGUUCGACCUUAAACCAAAUGUUCAAUAGUGGAUCAGUGGAACUUAAGGAACAAGAUGUAGUCUUAGAGGUAAAAAUGGUAUUUUGACCCAGCCGAGGUUACGAACAACCUAUGAAGGAUUAACUUACUGAUCAUGGUUAUAUAAAUGGAUAGAAAUAUGUCUAUAGUGAGGAGAGUGCAGCUACGAGACUUUAGUGGAAUGACUCGUUAGUUAACGAAUGUUGAUUAGCAUGGUCUAAAAGGGUUUAGCCAGUUAAUCUCGAAUCAUUGGAGCCCAUGAUCUAUAGGUCCAUUAGGUUCCCCUGCUAGCUCAUAUGGAAUUAGCUUAGAACAAUAUGUUGGAAUAAUUCAAAUUGUUCGAAUUAGGUAAAGAGAGAGAAACCGACAUAUAUAUAUGAUAUAGUCGUCGAUUAUAAGGCUUUAUGCUUAAAUGUGAUUUAAACGUUAAAAAUAUGAAUAAGGAUUCAUAUUCGGAAGCUCGAAAUUGAUGGAAAUGAUUAAAGUUGUAAAAAAUCAAAAUGUUAAUUUUUUGACUUCGACUAAAAUGGUCAAAUGACCAUUUUGCCCUUGACCAAAAUUAAUGGGAAUAUCAAAAAAUUCCACUAAAUGGAAUGGUGAGUAAUUCCACUAAGUGUUAGUGGAAUACAAAGUCUUGAGAAAUUAUCCAUCUAAUUACAUGCAAUUUUGCAUGUAAUUAGGUUAUAAAUAAUUCUCUUUUUCAAGCUAAAAGAGAGUUUUGUUUUUGGCUAAUUUUUAUAAAAACUUCAUUCCAAAUCUCUCUCUAAUUCUUUUUCCAUUCGACGGGUACCACAACCUGGUUCUUAGUCCAGAGUAUAGCAGGUGAUCUCUAGUGGUGGUUUUAGGUUUUGUGAUCAUGAGAAAAUUUGGAGCAUCAGGGAGCUUCAAAGAAGCUUUGGCUCGAUUGGCGUAGAGCGGCACACGUGGGUUGUCGAAGGCUGGCUAGAGAAAAGAUUGAGAUGGGAGGAGACACGGUCAUCGCAUGCAAUAUGCUCACAAUGUCUCUAAGUAAGGAUCAUGCAAUAAAAGAUUUACAAUUAUGGAUAAAUCAUGGAUGCAUAAAAGUAGAUUAUCCAAAGAAUAUGAGUUGGGCGUGGAAAAUUUCAUCAAAUUUGGAUUUUCGAAUACAAGUACCUCUUACAAUCGUUGUCCUUGUUUGAAAUGUGGGAAUUUUGAAAAGCAUAGUAGAAAGGAUGUUAGAGAUCAUUUAUAUGUUAAUGGUAUUGAUGAAAGUUAUAAAAUUUGGUUUUGGCAUGGUGAAGCACUUCCUAACUCAUCUUUCUAUGGAGAAUGUUCAAAGUUUGACACACAUACAUGUGAAGAGAAUGAUGUUGGAAGUGUAAAAGAAAUGAUUGAAGUUGCUCACGAGGAGUAUUCAAAAGACCCAAAUGGAUUUGAGAAGUUGCUUAUUGAUGCUGAAAAACUAUUGUAUGAAGGAUGUAAAAAGUACACAAAGUUGUCUACUCUAGUUAAAUUGUAUAAUUUAAAAGUUAGAUGUGGAUGGAGUGAUAUCAGUUUUUCAGAAUUACUUAAAACUUUGAAGGAAAUUCUGCCAACUACCAAUGAACUCCCAAAUUCAUUGUACGAAGCAAAGAAAACAUUAGGUGCAUUAGGAAUGGAAUAUGAAAAGAUUCAUGCAUGUCCUAAUAAUUGUUGUCUCUAUAGGAAAGAAUUUGCUAAUGCAACAGAAUGUCCUGAAUGUGGUCAAUCCAUGUGGAAAAACGUUAAGGAUAGAAAUGAAGAGAGAAAGCAAAUUCUCUCAAAAGUGAUAUGGUACUUCCCACCCAUUCCACGAUUCAAAAGACUAUUUAGAAGUAUUGAAUGUGCUGAAAACCUGACUUGACAUGCUAGUGAAAGAAUUGAGGAUGGUAAGUUACGACAUCCUGCGGACUCUCUAACAUGGAAGUUAGUAGACUUUAAAUGGCCAGACUUUGAUUCUGAACCUAGAAAUCUUCGUCUAGCAUUGUCAGCUGAUGGAGUAAAUCCUCAUGGUGACAUGAGUUCUAAAUACAGUUGUUGGCCAAUAGUGAUGGUUAUUUAUAAUCUUCCACCAUGGUUGUGUAUGAAAAGAAAGUACAUGAUGCUAUCAAUGCUAAUUUCAGGGCCAAAACAACCAGGGGAUGAUAUAGGCACAUACUUAGCACCACUAAUUGAAGAGUUAAAACUUUUAUGGGAAAAUGGUGUUGAAUGUUAUGAUGCUUAUCGAGAAGAAGUAUUCAACUUAAGGUCAGUUUUGUUGUGGACAAUCAAUGAUUUUCCUGCAUAUGGUAACCUCAGUGGAUGUUGUGUUAAAGGGUAUAAGGCAUGCCCAAUUUGUGGAGAUAAUACAAAUUCUAUAAGGUUACGACAUGGGAAGAAAAUAGCAUACCUAGGACAUCGAAGAUUUCUAGCACGCCAUCAUCCGUAUCGACGACAAAAAAGUCAUUCAACGGUAAAAAAGAACUUGGUACAAUUCCAGAACCACUUUCUAUGGAAGAUGUGUACUUGAAAUUGAAAGAUCUUGAAUUUCCUAAAGGAAAGAAGAUCCAUAAGAACCUAUCGAUGAACAGAAGUGAAAAGAUUUGUUGGAAUAGGUUAUCUUCCUUUUUUGAGUUGCCAUAUUGGAAAGAUCUUCAUGUUAGACAUUGUUUAGAUGUGAUGCACAUCGAAAAAAAUGUUUGCAUGAAUAUCUUAGGUACGCUUCUUGAUAUUCCUGGUAAAAGUAAGGAUGGGUUGAAUGCUAGACGUGAUUUAGUUGAUCUAAAACUUCGACCAGAGCUUGCCCCUAUUAGUAGUGAGAAGAAAAUAUUCAUUCCUCCUGCGUGUUAUACUCUUACAAAGGAAGAAAAACGAUGUGUUUUGAAGACUUUGUCAAGAAUAAAGGUUCCCGAAGGUUACUCUUCCAAUAUUAGAAACCUUGUGUCAAUGACAGAUUUAAAACUUAAUACUUUAAAAUCUCAUGAUUGUCAUGUGCUCAUACAACAGUUGUUUCCCAUUGCGAUAAGAUCGGUGCUACCGAAACAUGUUCGUUAUGCUACAACUCGAUUGUGCAUCUUUUUCAAUUCUGUAUGCAACAAGGUGUUAGAUGCGCAACAAUUAGAGAAGUUGGAAGAAGAUAUUGUGGUAACAUUGUGUUUAUUUGAAAAGUAUUUUCCCCCUUCAUUCUUCACAAUCAUGAUUCAUCUCACAGUACACAUAGUUAGGGAAGUCAAACUUUGUGGCCCUAUAUAUCUUCGAUGGAUGUAUUCCUUUGAAAGAUUCAUGAAAUUUAUCAAAACCUCUGUAAGGAAUAGAUAUCGUCCAGAAGGUUGUAUUGCCGAAAGUUAUUUAAUAGAAGAAGCUAUUGAAUUUUGUUCUGAUUUCUUAUCUGGAGUGGAUCCCGUUAGGCUUGGGACUCGCAAGUCACAAGACCAUUUAGACACUUCAAACAUUGGUAGACCUUGUCCAUAGGAGUUCCAUUCAAACCUGAACAAGAACUUCUACGUCAAGCUCAUCGAUAUGUGUUGGAAAAUACAAUUGAUGUUCAACCAUAUAUGGAGUAAGUUUAUUCAUUGAUUUCUUCAUUCUUUCAUUCAUUUUUAAAUAAUUAAAUCUAACUAUAUUACAAUGUUUGAAUGAUGACUACAAAGAAAACAUAUGAAGGCUUUGCAACUACAAUAUCUGAACAAGUCUAAAAAUCAGAAAUGGCUUCAAGAGGAAUAUAAUCGAACUUUUAUACACUGGUUACGAGAAGAGGUACAGUGUUGAACUUUGUAAUUUAGUUAUACAUGUUAUGUUUUGAACUUGAAAUAAUAAUUCUUGUGGUAGGUAUCAACUGAGCUUGAAGUUGGAAAUAGUGGAGUUUUAGACAAUUUAAGGUGGAUUGCUAAUGGCCCUCAUCCUUUUGUUAUUACAUAUAGUGGUUAUGCAAUAAACGGAUGUCGCUAUCAUAGAAAAUCUUCUGAGAAGGAUCGAAGUGUACAAAACAGUGGAGUUAGUUUAGUUGCAAAAACAAUGCAAGUGUCUAGUUCUAAAGAUAAAAAUCCCGUCAUUGGAGAUAUGUCAUUCUAUGGAGUGAUACAAGAGAUAUGGGAACUCAAUUACAAUACGUUUAAUGUUCCGAUGUUUAAAAGCGAUUGGGUUCAGAAUAGUGGUGGUGUUUGGAUCGAUGAACUUGGUUAUAUUUUAGUUGAUUUAAAUGGAGUAGGACACAAGUCAGACUCAUUUAUACUAGCAAGCCAAGCAAAGCAAGCGUUUUAUGUUGAGGAUCCAAGUGAUGUUAGAUGGUCAGUUGUACUCACUCCACCACAAAGAGACUAUGAAGAUAGAUAUAAUGACGAUGAACUUGGUGAUAUAGUACUCCGGUCUGAAGGAAUACCCAAUGAUAUGCCAGAUGUCUAUUUAAACAAUGAUUUGGAUGAAAUGUCUCAACGUACAUAAGGUCAGAUUGUGAAGGCACAUGGAUACCUACAAAAUAUUAUAAUGCUUCGCAUAAUAUAAUAUGAACGAUCUUAAUGAAGAAGUUGGUGUCGGUGAGUUGAAUGCAACAGUUGAAGAAACCCCAAAAGAGUUUAAGCGACGACGAGGACCUACUAUUAUGUUUGAUGUAACUCGCAUUAGAAGUUUGGGAGACAAGAAGAUGGUGAGGUACAAUGAAGACAGAGCACCUAUUGGUGAGAAUGGAGCGAAGUUAAAGUCUUUCAUAGGGUCUGCAACCCAUUAUCAUGUCCCUAUCACAUAUAUUUCUUGGAAAAGUGUGCCUGCAGAACUGAAAGAUAAGAUAUUCACUACAGUUGAGGCUGCAUUCGUCAUUGAUCCAAGAUCUAGGAAAAACGUUCUCCAAACUGCAGGUAUUUCGUUUCGUCAGUUUAAGAACUGACUAACAACGAAAUACAUCAUCCCGCAUAAAGAUGAACCACAAUUGCUUCAAGUUCCACCUGAAAAGUAUUCCUUCAUUAAGCAAAAUCACUGGGAAGAGUUUGUAAGGUCAAGGUUAUCAGAGACCUUUCAGGAAAAAAGAAAAUUACAACAAGAUAGACGAUCGAAGAACAAAUACAAUCAUAGAAUCUCAAGGAAAGGGUAUGCCAAUCUUAAGGAGGAAAUGAAGGAGGGUUCAAAUGAAGUUUAUGUUGAUUGAGCUAAAAUGUGGAAGAAAGCUCGAGUUAACAAAUGAGGACAGUACGACAACGACGACAUUCAACAAGUCGUCCAUAAAAUAGAUGAGAUAUCAAUGAAUACAGAUUCAUCUUCUGUGAAUAGACACUGUUCGAAUGAUGUAUUAACCUAAGCAUUGGGUACAAAACAGCACAAUGGUCAUGUGCGUGGGGUUGGUGGAUACGUUACUCCAACAACGUACUUUCAUUCAGUUAAGAAAACAUCAAAAGAUGAGGCGAACAUUCUAGUUGAGAAUGAAGAACUCCGUAGGCGAGUUAGUGAAUUAGAGGCACAAAUUCGCUCAAACUUAUCUACACCAUUGUUUGCACACGGGAGUUGUUCAAGGCCAAUAGUGUUAGAGGGGAUUGAAGAGAAGGAUAAGAGAAUAGAAGUGGAAUCGUUGGACAAACCAAAACAGAAGGAAAAGAAAGGGAAGGAGGUAAUGAAGAUGAAUGAACCAGAGUUGGACGUCUUGAAGGAGAGGGACUUAAUAAAAAUACCUACAGAAAAAGAAGUUGUAUGUGAAUUGACAUCAACUUUGCCAUUAGCGUUGAAGUCGAUUCUCAGAUAUGCUGAGAAGGUAAUGGAGAAAGAUUCCAGCAUCACUUUUUCACUACCCGCCGACCUUUUUGGCGUUAGUCGAAAGACUUCUGUGCUUCGAGAGGAUAUCGUUGAUCUUUGUAACAUGAAUGAAGUGAAAACGUUUACAUUGGUGGCCUAUAUGAUGUACUUGUAUUCAUCUGUUAGUGGUUUGAAAGAAAAUAUGCAGUAUGUCUUUGUAGAUCCGACCCUAAUCUCUUCUGAAAACACACAAGAAUCUCGAAUUCGAAACUUGUGUAGUAGAUUGAUGGUGUCCAAAUAGUUUUUGCUCCUUUUAAUCCCGGGGGUCAUUGGGCACUGCUUGCUAUAAAUGCGUAUGAGGAUACAGUGUUUUACCUUGACUCGCUAAGGACGACAUCAAAAGCAACUACAAGAUAUGUAACCGACACAGCAAUAGCGAUAUUUCACUCGCAAAAGAACAUUAAUAAAAGCAGGAAACAAACUUUAUGGCGAACAGUAAAGGCAAG